AUGGGAAGUCAAGGGACCCAAGCUGUUCAUUGCUUUCCACGAGAACCCAUAGCAAUAGUGGGCAGCAGUUUCCGUUUCCCUGGUGGCGCAACUUCUCCUUCCAAGCUCUGGGAUCUCCUCGAAAGACCCAGAGAUGUGUUGCAGGAAAUUCCAGAGAGUCGUUUUAGCACGAAGACAUUUUACCAUCAAGAUGGCCAGCACCAUGGAAGCAUGAACGUUAAGCACGCUUAUCUUCUCGACGAAGAUCCCCGCGCAUUCGAUCGAGACUUCUUCUCCAUCAACCCCAAAGAAGCCGAGGCCAUGGAUCCCCAACAACGGGUACUUCUCGAAACCGUAUACGAGGGCGUUGAGUCAGCCGGGUACUCAAUGCAACAGCUCCGUGGAUCACGUACCGCCGUGUUGGUAGGAUGCAUGAGCUACGACUACCAUUUCAUGGCCAUCCGGGGCAUUGACAGUCUGCCUCGGUAUCAUGCUACUGGCACCGCGGCCUCAAUCCUAGCCAAUCGUAUAUCAUACUUCUUCGACUGGAGAGGGCCUUCUGCAACCAUCGACACAGCUUGUUCGUCCAGUCUUGUAGCCUUGCACCAAGCAGUAUCUGCAUUGUGGAAUGGAGAGGUGGACAUGGCUGUUGCAGCAGGGUCAAAUCUCAUACUUGGGCCGGAGCCGUUCGUUAGCGAAUCCAAGCUGAACAUGCUAUCACCCAACGGAAGAUCGUUCAUGUGGGAUGCUUCCGCGGAUGGGUAUACUCGAGGCGAGGGAUUCUGUGCGGUCUUUCUCAAGACUCUCAGCAGGGCCCUCGCCGACGGUGACCACAUCGAAAGCAUCGUUCGCGAAACGGGCGUGAACUCUGAUGGCAAAACUCCAGGCAUAACAAUGCCCAGCUCCGAAUCGCAGGCACAGCUGAUCCUUGACACAUACGCAAGAUGUGGGCUUGAUCCGACUCUUGAAUCCGACCGUCCUCAAUACUUCGAGGCUCAUGGUACGGGCACGCCAGCGGGUGACCCUAUCGAGGCCAGAGCCAUCCAAACGGUUUUCUUCCCCGACGGAGAGACCGGCAGACUCAUGGUCGGCAGCAUUAAGACGGUCAUCGGACACACAGAAGGUACUGCUGGAGUCGCUGGCGUAUUGAAAGUGUCCCUGGCAGUCCAGCACGGCGUAAUCCCUGCAAACCUUCAUUUCAAGAAUCUCAAUCCCAAAAUCCGGCCAUAUUACACCAAUUUGCAGAUUCCCUCAUCGACAACGCCCUGGCCGCCUGUUUCGCAAGGAUCGCCGCGCCGAGUCAGUGUCAACAGUUUCGGCUUUGGUGGCACCAAUGCCCACGCUAUAAUUGAAAGCUGGGAUAGCCACGGCGUUCUAUCCAACGGCCAUACCGCUGGCAAUCAAGCGCUGACCAGUGUUCCAGCGAAUGGACCCUUUCCAACUUACAACGCUGGACCGUUCCUACUGUCGGCCAGCUCAGGCCAGGCUUUGGCGUCAAGCGCUGAAGCCAUGAUCAGCUAUCUCCGCGCAAAUCCUGAUGUGAACCUUGACCGAUUGGGCUACAGUCUCAUGAAGAGGACAGCCUUCCCUUUUCGAGUAGCCUUCUCCGCCACCUCUACCGAGAAGCUCGCUGACAAGAUUGAGGCGAGCAAGGAUUCUCUUCAGAAUGCCUCGCGUGCCAUGGCCAUUCCCGAGACAUUGCCUCUCCGAAUCUUGGGGGUUUUCACCGGCCAGGGAGCUCAGUGGGCAACGAUGGGCGCAGAGCUGUAUGGCGCUUCAGACGUGUUCCGUCGCGCUAUAGACAAGAUGCAGCAGAGUCUCGACUCGCUGCCUGCUGAAGAUCGUCCCAACUGGUCCCUUGUCGACCAACUGCAAGCAGCGCCGGCGAGUUCGCGCGUUGGGGAAGCUGCUAUUUCACAACCUCUAUGUACUGCUCUUCAGGUUGCUUUGGUUGAUACACUGCAUGCCGCAAGCAUCCAUUUCGACGCCGUCAUCGGGCACUCGUCUGGCGAGAUAGCCGCUGCGUACGCCGCCGGGUAUCUCAAUGCGUUUGAUGCGAUCCGCGUUGCACACUACAGAGGUGUCCAUUCCGUCCUUGCUCAGGGCGAGUUUGGUGAAGCGCUUGCUGUUGCCGCAAGCAAUUCCCAGACGAGCUGUACGAUCGCUGGGGACGCGGAAGCCAUUGAAGAGGCUUUUGCUCGACUCCAAGAGCGUGGAAUCUUUGCACGCAUGCUGCAGUCGUGCGCCAACCCAUAUCUUGAUUCCAUGAGGCGGUGUCGAGUCAAGCUCCAGAAAGGUUACAAGCAGUGCCGGUGGUACUCGAGCGUCUGGGGAUCCGAUGGACGCAGCCGAUCAUUCGACCAGGCGGAUGGCCGACUUCUCGAGGGUCCGUACUGGCUGGAUAACAUGACGCAGACGGUGCUCUUCAGCCAAGCACUCACCAGGGCACUCAGCGAGGACCAGUGCUUUGACGCCAUCCUCGAAGUCGAACCUCACCCAGCCCUCAAAGGGCCAUGCUCGGAAACAAUCAAGAUGCUAACGGGCCUCUCCAUUCCUUACUCGGGCCUCCUGAAACGGGGGGAGAGUGCCGUAGAAUCGUUGGCGGAUGCCAUGGGCUUCCUCUGGAAAUCAUUCGCUUCGCAACGCGAGAUUCUCCUAGCUGCUGCUGGCUACUUGUCAAUGGCAUACGAGGCCGUCAUCCGCCUGGUUGACGACCAGCAGCAAGUGCGUCUCGUAGAACUUCACGACCUCGACAUUGUGCGUGCGAUGCGGGUCCAAGAAGAUUCUUCCGGUCUUGAAGUCGUUUUCACUCUUCGCGUUACUACUCAGACAAACGACUGCAUUAGUGCCGAGCUCUCAUGCUACACCGGUGCUGUCGACGCCGUGCAGCCUUUGGGUGUCCCUCAAACUGACAUGACAGUCCACUUCACGGGACGCGCGCGGCUCUGGCUCGGCCAACCCAUGGAAGACGUUCUGCCUUUUCGAAAGCAACCCGUGCUGACCAUGGAAACCCUGGAUAUGGGACACCUGUACUCAAAUCUGUCGAAAGAGGGAUUCAACUACACCGACCUUUUUCAAGCGAAGGCCAUGCGUCGACGGCUUAAUAGCGCAGUGGUGACCCUUUCUUCGCCCCCUGAGCACACCCAGAUCCGCAACAGCAUGCAUCCAGCACCUCUUGACACUGCCUUCCAUGGUCUCUUCGCCGGCUUCUCAUACCCGGGCGACGGCCGCAUCGGUAGCAUCUACUUGCCAACGCGGGUGGACUACGUACGAAUCAGCAUGAUGCAGUCCGAGUCGCAGGAUCCUGUCCUUAAAGCGGAUGCCACCGUGACUUCGACGGACAAGAACAUUGUGGUCGGGGAUUUGGACCUGUUUGAUGCAGCGACUUUGCGAACAGAAGUGCAGCUACGCGGAGUUCACCUUACACCUGUUGGUAACCACCGGGACCCUUGGUUAUAUGCCAGCCCAACGUGGAUACGAGAUGCCGAGUAUGGGAUUCCGCCCAGCAAAGCAGUCAAGAUUUCGGAUGCGGAGUUGGUCCUGUACGAACAGCUCACACGUACGGCAUACUUCUACUUACGCCGACUACGCAAGAUGAUACUGAAACAAGAAUUGCUGAUAAUGAGCAAGUACCGGAAACACAUGAUGACCUGGAUUCUUGACCAUUUGUUACCCCAAAUUGAAGCUGGGGAGCAUCCGGAGAUUCGGCCUGAAUGGAAAGACGAUACUCUCGAGAUGGUGCAGGAAUGGCGUGCGAGCCAGCCAGCAGACAACAACGACAUGAACAUUCUCCACGCCAUGGGGAAGAACCUUGUCAGCGUUGUUCGUGGAAUCACACAGCCGCUCAAAGUGCUUAUGCAGGAUAGUCUGCUCGAUCGUCUGUAUGUGGAAGGGAUUGGCUUCAAGCACGGCAACGCGGAUCUGGGUACUCUGGUAAAACAGCUCACACAUCGACAACCUCGCAUGCGCAUGGUUGAAGUUGGCGCUGGUACGGGCGGUACCACGCGCACUGUCUUAGAUGCAAUAGGAAACCAUUAUUUAUCCUACACAUAUACAGACAUUUCAACCGGAUUUUUCGAAAAUGCUCGGACUGUGUUCAGUCAACAUAGCGGUAAACUCAACUUCAAGACGCUCAAUAUCGAAAACAGUCCUGAAGACCAAGGCUUCACCACCGGAUCGUACGACAUGGUCAUUUCUUCAAACUGUUUGCACGCCACACGGAGGCUAGAGGAGACUCUGCGUAACUGUCGGCAGCUCCUUCGACCGGGUGGAAAGUUGGUCUUGAUAGAGAUUACCCGAGACUUCUUACCUCUGCAACUGAUAAUGUCGACGCUUUCGGGGUGGUUCUUCGGCAUUAAAGAUGGGCGUGUCUGGGCUCCAACGGUCAACCUCCAGCGAUGGGACGAGCUAUUGAGAGCUACCGGGUUCUCUGGCGUUGAUGUAAGCUCGACACCAUCUUUUGCCUCUGUCAUCAUGGCAGAGGAAGUCGACCAAACAUUUCAACUCAUCCGUGACCCCUUUUCUAUCUCGCUAGAGGCCAUACCGGCGAUGGGGGACAUCAUCAUUGUCGGCGGUGGUGCCAGUACCAAACUCCCAUCCCAUGUCCAGGCGGUUUUAUUGGCCGCGGUUCCUUCGAAAACUGUAACUUUACACCCUGGCCUUGAAGGGAUCCACGUUCCAAAAGGGGCUGUUGUGCUCUCUCUUUGCGAUCUGGACUGCCCAGUCUUCCGUGACAUGGAUGAAAAAAGAUUCAAAGGACUGCAGAACGUUAUGGAAAUAGCAGAUGCAGUUUUGUGGGUGUCAUCGAGUGCACGAAGGGGCGAGAAUCCCGAUAAGACGUACCUUCUUUGCGGUAUGACGGGGGAUUUGGGUAUCUCGGUAUGCCUUUGGAUGAUAGAGAACGGCGCUCGAAAUAUGGUUCUGACCAGUCGAAAUCCCAAUGUAAGCCCUGAUGUUCUCGACUAUAUGAGUAGCAAAGGAGCUCUUGUGCGCCCUAUGGCUGUCGAUAUAACAAACAUGGACUCGCUACGCGCUGCCUACGCUGAUAUCAAAUCCAACAUGCCUCGUAUCGGAGGCGUGAUGAAUGCCGCCAUGGUUCUUCGUGAUCGCUUCUUCCACCACAUGUCUUGGGAUGACUUUGCAGCUGUGUUUGCACCAAAGGUGGCGGGAUCCAAGAACCUCGACGACAUGUUUGGAACGGAGCCGUUGGACUUCUUCAUCUGCUUCUCAUCCACGACAUCUAUCGUUGGUAGCUUCGGCCAGUCCGCUUACGCGGCUGCAAACCAUUAUAUGGCACGUCUGAUCAAGUCGCGUCUACGUCGUGGCUUGGCUGGAUCCGUCAUUCACAUUUCCAUUUUGACGGGCUUUGGAUACAUCUUCCGGCGCGAUGCUGAGCAUGCCGACACCAUUCACAAAGCAAUCCUUCCGCGGAUGGAAAGACAGUCGGAGACCGACCUACACGAGAUGCUGGCGGAGGCUAUUGUAUGCGGGCGUCCAGGUUCCGGUCAGCCGUCUGAGCUCAUCACAGGCAUUAGGACAGUAUUUCAAGAGGAUUGGCGUGAGGACCCUCGCUUAUCCUGCUACAUGGGUCAGCAGAAGCUGGAGGAUGAUUCUGAUCGAGGACAAGCUGGCAAUACGAUCAGUGUCAAAGAGCAGCUCACCGGGGCUGAGAAUCCUGCUGAGUGCCUGGCUGUAUUGGUGAAGUGUUUCUUGCUCGCUUUGGGCAACAUGCUCGAGAUCGAUCCUGCACAUGUUAACAGCAACGCAUCGGUGGCAAUUCUGGGCAUCGACUCACUUAUCGCGAUCCGCAUUCGGGAGUGGUUCCUCAGGGAGAUCGGCGUUGAUGUGCCAGUGCUCAAGGUGAUGUCGGACACGUAUUCGAUCUUUCGCAUGUGUGAUGACGCUCUCGUGGAUUGGCGGAGGGCUAGCAAAACUUCCAAGUAG